AUGAUCCUAUUAUCGCAGUCUAUUAGCUCGAUCUUGCUAGCCUCAAGCUUUCUCUUCACUAGAGCUUGCGGAGAAAGAGAAAGAGAAAUUAUCGGUUAUCGAACCCUUUCCUCAGAAGCCGAUAAUAGCAAUGAUUAUGAAAGGCGUUAUAGAAAUGCAGAAUAUGAUGAGGAAGCUACAACUGCUCAAAUAGGAGCUGGGUUUUAUACGUUCAACGAACCUGCUGGCUGGCAGGCGAGAGGGAACGAAUGGUAUUGUGUCCUCGAAGCGGAUAGUGAAUUGCUUAAAAAGAUAAGCAAAGUAUGGAUCCCAAAAUCCUACACGAAAAGCACCGGGGAUGGUGAGACACAAUUAUGGCACCGAGACGAAGAAACUCUCUUGGAAUAUAUCCAGUCAAUAGUGCCAGAGUCAGACCCGAAGAAGGCAUUACGCUUUUCAGCAAUUCCAUCUGUCCCUGGGAAGGUGCAAAUGCUCAUUCCAAGUGAGACGAUCGAAGAUGAGUUAGAAAUAUGGUCUCAAUGCUUCGAAACAGAGAAGGAGCUAAGAAGUAAUGUGAACGUAACCGUUGAUUGGAUGAGUUGGGGUAUUGCUGGACCGAGACCGAGCGGUGUCUCUACGAAGGCAAAGGGAGGGAGCUGCUGGACAUCGGGGUACGGACAGAGAAUGUCUUCCGGGUCACGUCGAGCGCGCUCUUCCACCACGGCGUCCACCCCACCAGAGAGCACCAAAGCCACCGCAGAGAUACAGCUCCUCCUCGACAAUGUCUCGCUGACCCUCCGAACCCGUGCAGACAACGGAUACCCAGACCUAGGUACGCUUACAAGCCAGGCCCAGUCCAUACGCCAUUAUCUCAUUGCCUCCCCCGAGCCCGGCAGAGCCAGUGAUGACUUCCGACACCUCCAUGGCUUCCAGAUCCUCCUGGACAGCCUGCGCGCAUUCUCUGGCUUCUACCACCCGACCAGGAGAAGCCAGCAGGACCGGACCCAGCUGUUCGGGCUUCUGGAGUGUAUACUAGGAAUAUUGGCACAAACCUUCCGAGAACACUACGGCAACCAGAGAUACUUCCAGAGGAGAGUGGAAGGAGGCGGCUGGGCAGCCCUGGAGCAAGCAAUUGCCAGCAUUGGGUCAGGAGGAAGCGAAUCUGAUGCCUGGAGCGAAGCACAGCUGUUCGGCUGCCUGCUGUCCUUUGCAUUAGAUGACAAGAGACUGGAAACCCUGUGUCAGAAGGUCAUUGAGCUGUACCCCUCCGGAGGAGCAAACAAGUCAACACCCAUGGAUGCGCCAGAUGCCAGCGAAAAAGAUGAAACGGUUCUGGAAUAUGUGAACAACAGACUCAACGAGAUAAUCAAAGAGCGUGCAUUGCUGUAUAAUCCGGACAUUGUACCAACAAUCAUCGAUUUCUGGGCAGCAGUUCCACGGCAGCCAGGCGCAGCCGUAAACCCAGUUGUAUUGGUGGUUAUACAGGCACUGAAGAAGCUGGGCUCGGUUUCUAGUCACAACACUAUGGCUCUGCAUGGAACAGGUAUACUGUCAACCCUUCUGCCUCUGGCUUUUGACUCGGAUACUCCUUUGGGAGCUACAGAGAGAAACGCGGUGGAGGCGCUGUGCGGAUCGUUAGUAUCUUUGGGUGUCAAUGCCUUGAGCGAUGCUCAGUACCUGCUCUGUAAUAAGUCACCGAGGGCUGCUGACUUUCUACUUGAACGUAUGAGAGAAUCACAUGGGCCGUCCUUCAUACAAUUCGACCUCUCUUUACAUGGGUUUGCUUCCAUAGAACUUCCAACGCUAGGACGAGCAUUCCCUCCACCUUCAACAUCGGCGGGAUACACGUUCACAGCCUGGAUUUGUAUCGAUCAAUUUGAUUCCAAGUCUUUCACCACCAUAUUCGGCGCCUUUGAUGUUUCGCAAACCUGCUUCCUUCUUGCUUAUUUUGACGAGGCGCACAAUUUUAUUCUGCAGACCUCGGUGGUAGGCUCGAGACCCAGCGUCAGAUUCAAGUCUACUGUUUUCAAGGAGGGCCAAUGGUAUCACAUCACCAUCGUCCACCGCCGGUCGAGAACCCUCACAGCAAGCAAGGCUUCGCUCUACGUUGACGGAGAAUUCGCAGAGGAAGUCAAGUGCCAGUACCCUGCGCCUCCUCCAUCGAACGCCAGUACCGAGAGCUUCACCUCCUUCACAUCAUCACCCAGCAAACCGAAUCCGGUCCAGGCUUUCCUAGGUACGCCCAGAGACUUGAGCUCCAAGCUUGGGCCGGGAGUAGUUUUCUCUCGGUGGUCGCUGGCUUCGUUCCACCUCUUCGAGGGUACACUCAGCGACGACCUGAUCGCGGUGUAUCAUCGACUUGGUCCGCGAUACAAUGGGAACUUCCAGGAUUGUCUCGGCUCCUUCCAGACAUACGAAGCUUCUGCCGCAUUAGGAAUGCGCAAUGACCUCAUCCAUCCAGGGAAAGAUGACCACUCCGAGAUCCUCGAUGCGAUCCGAGACAAGGCCAGCCUCCUCGUCCCGGAAAGCCGUAUCAUACUCAGCAUUCUCCCGACUGCAGUACUCCGCGAUGAUGACCGACACAAGUCUUAUGAAUCGCAGCUUCUUCGUGGCUUGAAUCGAGCAGCCUCGGGGAAUCUGUUCCAGAUGACUCACAAUAACGGAACGUCGAUAGCCAUCAACGGAGCGGUUCCUGCGAUCAAUGAAGCGCUGGUGCGUGCACAUGGCACUGCAGUUCUGACCGGCGACCCUGUCGUGAUCGUUCCGCAAUCUCUGGACGACGCCAUAUGGCGACUAGGAGGCUUUACGGGCAUAGUCCUGAAGAUGGUUGAAAACGCCACCACCAGGGAAGAGAUCGUGCGUGCAGUUGAAACUUUAUUCGAGAGUAUCAAAGGCAGUUGGCGCAACAGCGAGGCAAUGGAGCGAGAAAAUGGCUAUGCUAUCCUCGGUGCUCUCAUCCGCGGUAAAGUCGGAGCCGGCGUGGUAGUCUCUUCAAAAUAUCAUCCCGAGCCAGCACUGAUGGACAGCGACGAACGAGACAAGCUUGGCUUUCAGCUUCUCAGUCUUGUCCUGAACUUUGUUGGGUACAUUCAUGAGAAGCCGGAAGAGUCUUUCAUCAUCAACCCUCUGGCGUACCGGGUACUCCUGGUCGAUUACGAUAUGUGGCGCAAGUCUGCCCCCAUCACUCAGAGGCUGUACUACAAGCAGUUUGUUGUCUUUGGUGUCAACAGCAAAUUCCAUCAAUUCAAUUCCCGACGGUUAUUUCGAAUGAGGAUUGUCAAGAGAUUCUUAGAUGCACUCAAAGCCGAGACUUUCCAGCAGGAGGUCUUUCCAGCAUUUAUGGAGGCGCUCAGAAGUCUCGUCAUUUGCAAUCUCACUGCGGAGAUCUUCCGGUUUCUCGCUCUCUUCAUCACAUAUGCCUACCACAAGCCAACAAGUACAGCCUCUCGAACUCCAAAGAGCUCUGCAGGAACUCUUCCUUCUCGCGCGGUAUCGAAGUCAGUGGGCCUGCCGAGACCUUCCAUUACCACAAUCUUAGGUGGGAAUGAGAUUGUCUCGAACACUACCAUGACCAAGCGUCAGAUUGGGAACAAGAUCCUCGAGAUGUAUUCCGACCUGCUCUGCGAGAAGGGAAACACGUCAAACAUCAAGAAAUUCGCCAAAACGGUUACUAACAAGUGGCUCCUCCAUCUCCUGACCGAGGAUGAUCCGGAAGUUGUGGUACAUGGAACCAAGAUCCUGGCUCGUCUCCUUGUCGUUCACGGGUCUCACUACGUGGCCAAGUUUGCGAGCAAGACCGGUGGAUUUGCGAUCAUGCGCUACAGACUCAAGAGAUGGUGGGAUCUGCCAACUCUAUGGCCGAUAUUGUUCUGCAUCCUGUUUGGUCACGAUGUUGCAGAUGUCGACUUGGAGAGAUCCUUCGAGCUAUUCAGUCUCUUGGAGCCGUUCAACAGCUGCAAGGUUGUGUAUCAUGCUGUUCUGCCAGUGAUCAUGGCUAUGCUGCAGCAUGGAUUGAAGGAUGUUCUCCGCAACCAAGAUGAUCCGGAUUCGCCCCUAAUGGAUAGGGGUAACGGACAAGAUCAACCGAAGCCAUCGGGCUUGAGUGUCCCCGCAGGUGCGAAUCGUCGGAGGUCAAUGUCCUUGACGAAGGAGCUUGAAGCACGACAAACCCACCAGCACAAGAAAGAGCGCCUCGGCGGCCAGGCAAUUGUUUUACACACUGUCAUUCGUUUUUUUGCAGACUUGCAUUCUAAAUCUUCAGAUUUCAGGGAUUUUGCAAUCUCUUCCGACUACAUCCGACAUCUACUUGCCCUUCUCUUUCCCGUAAUUGUGAGCACCGAUGCCGUUAGCCCAGAAACGGAGCUAAACUCCCGCGAUUCGGCGUUGACAUUUGACGGCGACGACGUGAUAAUCAGGCCCAUCUCGCGUGUAUCAACAAAUUCUGCAUCUGUCGUCAAAACCACGACCGUGGAGACAAUGCUCCCCCCAAGCCCGACGUCCCCUAGAACAAGGCAAUCACGCCGCGGCUCGUCCUUUAUCCUGCUGAUUUCCCGACCAUCCGAGUUUAGCCCGUCCUCGGCGCGACUGAAUGUCAUCAUGUCGCCCAAGAAGAAAGUUACAACGCAAAAUACCAGCAACUCUCUCGUAGAAGAGUUGCUCGAACUUAUCGUCAACGUCUUCAUCGAUCAAGUCAUGGUCCGGAAGGAGUUUCCUGGUUUCGGCCUUUUUGUCAAGAUCCCUCCUGGGUUCCAGGAGCACCAGGCAUACUUCGAGACUUACUUGCUUCGCAACACGAUAUCGCAACUGAAUAAUAGUAUCCAACUCGACCAAAAAUCGUUGCGAGAACCCAAGCUUAUUCAGAAUAUGGCCCGCCUUGUUGCCCAUAUUGGGGAAGCGGUCUUUGAGGGAUGGUUCCUGAGCGGAGCAGAGCCUUUGUUGGACUUCGCUGGUACGCAGUUAGAAUACCUGCAACGGCCUGAAAUCUGGAAAUCCAAGAGCGUGCGACUAUGCAGCCAAGCUAUCAUGUCCAUUAAGCAUGUCUUUUUGCGGGUAGUUCUUUUGCGACUGUCAGAACUGGAUAGCGCCCAGGUUCCCGAGAAUGAAGCAGUGGCUUUCAUGGAUAAGCUGCUGUAUUGGCAGGCGGUGCUCCUCUCAUCCGAUGUCAACGAGGAGAACUUUUUGAAAUUGAUAUGCUAUCAAUUAUACCUGAAGCUGGUCGAUUCAAGAGAGCGUAUCCGCCUCGCCGCAGCCAAUCUCUGGCGCAUAAUCUUGGUCCAGAAGCCUGAGGAGACAACAAUGAUGUUCCACCAGGCGAUGACCAGCGAACACCGAAGUCUGUCAUCUGGGUUCAAGAAACUGAUGGAGCAAGAUAACGAGACAUUUUUCGCCUGGGUCGAUGAGCAGCGAGCAGAACUGGACUCUUUGUUCCUGGGAGCCAUGUCGAAGACCUGGGAGGACUUUGUCAACGCCGAAAACGAGAAGACUGAAGAGGCGACGAAAAGCCGCGCUGCUAAGCGUCGAGGUCAGCUCAAGCAAUGGCAUCAAGAAAAAGUCAAUGACGAGGAUAUUCUCUUCAGACAUGAUCUCGCGGCCACGCUUUGGAUGAAGAACAUCUACGCUUCGGAGCACCUGAAGCACCAACGAGCGCAGCAGGAUCAGCAAGAUAAUUUCUCGUUCCUGGCAGCCACUUUCUCGAAAAUGGAUCACGAAUUGCAUCGACCGUGUGCCGUGUUUGAACAUAAGUCGCCCACAAAGUGGAAGUUAGACCGAACGGAAGGUCGCAAUCGGAUGCGCCUACGAAUGCUUCCGGAUAGAGAAGCUCCAGCUUAUGAUUACCAACCCAAACGCAGAACCACUGAUGCCACUAACAAGCUCAGAAUUGAUCCCAAACCUGAUAUCAGAGUCGAUUCUGGGUCCAGCAAUGCAACACCCGUGUCAGCAACGGCAAGCACGAAUCCAAAUGAAGCAAGUCUUGAUGGACCAAGCGACGUUUCAAGCGAUACUUUGGUGAACAUGCAGCAGGAAGCAGCAACUGGCUCACAAGAAAGCGUGAUGCCUGAGGAGGACUUUGAGCUUGUUGACGACCCGAAUGAUCCAGGCGAAGAUGACACUUACGAGGAUAAAAAUCGGAAAGUCAUGCGCAGUCUUCAAUCAGGUGAUCAAGUCCAACAAGUCUUUAACAUAUCCCGGAUCAUUGGACUCGAGGCUUGCGAAGGCUUGUUGAUCAUAGGUAAGAAUUCCCUGUAUCUCAUCGACAACGUCUUCCAGAGAUCCGACGGAGAAAUUGUCAACGUCUCGCAAGCGCCGAAGGAGGAGCGAGAUCCAUAUCUGCAGAUGAUUGCAGGCCAAAAGACGACCGACAAACGAGCCCAGCCUGUCAAGUUAGACCAGGCUGUCCGUUCGGAGCAGGAAGCCCGGAGCUGGAAAUGGAGUGACGUGAUCAGUAUCUCCAAGCGUCGCUUCUUGUUCCGAGAUGUGGCUGUGGAAGUCUUCUUCACUGAUGGCCGCAGCUACCUGCUCACUGCCAUCUCACCGCCAUUGAGAGACGACCUCCACAAUAAGCUUGCAUCAAAGGCUCCACAUACGACCGGCAGCUCUUCCUUACCAAACCCCGAGGAUGGUUGGCGACUAGAGGCCUUGAAAGUCGCUGAAGAGUCCCCGGCUACCUUUGGCUCAAAGUUCGGAAGCAUUUUCAACUCGUCAGCGUGGAACCCUGCUAUGCGAAGAUGGGCCAAGGGCGAGAUCUCGAAUUUCCAUUAUUUGAUGCUGGUCAACACGAUGGCUGGACGUACCUUCAACGAUCUUACUCAGUACCCCGUCUUUCCUUGGGUUCUAGCUGAUUACACUAGCGAGGAACUGGAUCUCGAUAAUCCUGCCACUUUCCGAGAUCUUACGAAGCCUAUGGGGGCUCAGCACAAUUCUCGUGCAGCUGAGUAUACUGAGCGCUACAAGACCUUUGCCGAAAUGGGUGAUGCAAACACCCCGGCUUUCCAUUAUGGCACGCACUACUCAUCCGCUAUGAUUGUCACUUCGUACCUCAUCCGACUUCAGCCGUUCGUACAAUCAUACCUGCUUCUUCAAGGUGGAAACUUCGAUCACCCUGAUAGACUGUUCUACUCUAUUGAGAAGGCCUGGAAAUCUGCUUCCAAGGAUAACAUGACCGAUGUCAGAGAGCUGAUUCCGGAAUUCUUUUACUUGCCUGAAUUCUUAACCAACAACAAUGGGUACAAUUUUGGUGUGAGACAGGGCAACGGCGGUGGUAUCGAUACCGUCCAGCUGCCUCCCUGGGCUAAAGGAGAUCCCAAGAUCUUCAUUGCUAAGCAUCGGGAGGCUCUUGAAAGUCCGCAUGUGAGCAAAUACCUACACCAAUGGAUCGACCUGAUCUUCGGCUGCAAACAACGAGGAGAGGCUGCCAUCGAUAGUGUCAACGUGUUCCACCAUCUCUCAUACCACGGUGCCAAAGACCUCGACAACAUCGUCGAUCCCAUCGAGCGCGUCGCUACCAUUGGAAUUAUACACAACUUCGGCCAGACCCCCCAUCAAGUUUUCACCAAGCCUCAUCAGGCACGAGAAGACGUUCGCAACAAAACCCGCCGCCUCGACACCUCCGCCGAGGUUCUCACCCGUCUCCCCUUCCCGCUCCUUGAGUCCAAUGAGCGCAUCUCAAACCUAGUCUACUCUCCCAAAAUCGACCGCCUGCUCUGCGCCACCGCCUUCCGCCUCAACCUGUCCCCACACUACGAUAAGUUCCUCGAAUGGGGCUUCGCGGACAACAGUAUUCGCUUCUACUACAACGAUUCGCGCAAGUCCGCCGGCCUGUUCGAGAAUCUACACAUAGGCCAAAUCUCAACCUGCAUCUUGGCCUCCUCUCAACUGCUGAUUACAGCAGGCGAAGACUGCGUCCUCUCUGCGCACACUGUGCAGACUGCUCCGGGAAAAUUCGUAGACCUCAGCUACCGCUCCUCGCUCUUCGGCCAUAAGACUCCCGUCAACGUCCUCGCUGUUUCGAAAUCCUUUUCCGCCCUCUUGUCUGCAAGUUUCGACGGGACUGUGAUCUUAUGGGACCUUAACCGUCUCGAAUUCGUUCGCAAACUCUCGUCACCCCUUACAACCUCCCGGGGACCAGUCGAGUGCGCGAAGAUCAACGACGUCACAGGCGACAUCUUGCUCUGUCGUGGGCAAAAAGUCACGCUGUUCACAUUGAAUGGGGAGUUUCUUCUCGAGCAGAAUGUGUGCGAAAACCACGACGACUACAUCGCCUCCUGCGCGUGGUACGAAGGUACAGGCAACGAGUGGGUGGAGAACGCGCUCUGUUUCACGGGCCAUCGGCAUGGAGUGGUGAACGUAUGGCGCAAGGGCGUCAGCUGGGCUGGGAAGUGGAGGCUGGAGCUGGUCAAGCGGCUGGGGGGCGAUGGGGACAGGGGGAGGGGCGAGACGGCCGUGGGGAGUUUGAGCGUGCCCGGUGGGGUCGCAGGGGGUAAGAGGGGAGAGGGCAGUAGAGGACGGACGAGAAGCAGCGUUAGUGGGAACGGGGAGGCGGCUGUCACGUGUGUGAAGCCGAUGGCGAGCUGUGUUUAUACGGGGGACGAGGAGGGUAGGGUUUAUGAAUGGGACAUUGUCCAGCGCGAGCGCUAG